AUGCCUCGAAAACGAACUGUUUCAUCAACAUCAAAUAAAGCAAAAAAACGACUUCCAUCUUAUCUUGAUUUUGACCAUGACUCUUAUGGUUGGAAAGCAAAUAUUGAUUAUCGUGAACAUCCUGAACUCUAUCGAAUAGGCCGUGGAGAACAAGGUGUAUUAACAUGUCAACCCUAUAAAGGUGAAAUAUGUCCACAUUGGCGUUUUAAAACUGUACCUGAAGCUAUUGAAUCAUCGAAUAAAAUUCAUGAAAUGUUUUUAAAUUAUCUUAAACAAAAUGAUUUCGUCGGUGCUGAUAUGGCACGAAAAUAUUUACAAAUGGGUUUUACUCGUUCAAGACGUUAUGCAAAUCAUGCUAGUGGAACAAAAUAUGAUCAAACAACGUAUGAUAUAUUACCACAAGAAGAAACCCACAUGACAAAUGAAAAAGCUCGAUCAGCUGAAAUUUUUAAACAAAAAUGGUUCGAAGCAAAAGAUAAUGAUUUAUAUAAAGAAAUGGCUACUAAACAUCGAACAACAUAUGAAACGAAACCAACUAAAACUCGACGAAAUACUGUUACACAUAAAAAUGAAUAA